GACAUCUACAUUGAUAAUCAGGGCACUGAUUAUCAGUGCAACCCCAUCAGUGCUGCCUUUCAGUGCCUAUCAAUGCCACAUAGCAGUGACAAUCAGUGCACAUCAAUGCCACACAUAGUGCCCAUCAGAGCUGCCUUUCAGUGCCAACUAUCAGUGCCAGUCACUGCCACCUAUCAGUGCCCAUCAGUGUUGCCUAACAGUUCCAAUCAGCGCUGCCUAUCAGUGCCAUCUGUCAAUGCCCAUCAGUGCCACCUAUCAGUGCCAAAUAUAAGUGCUGCCUUUCAGUGCCCAUCAGUGAUGCCUGUCAAUGCCCAUCAG